AUGUUUCGCCGGAUGCAAUUAGCAGAGCAAGCUGCCCUCAAGCAAGCUCGCAACCCUCUGCAGAAGACAUUGAUCUUUCAUGCUAGGGCAGUAGCUCUGCAGGCAGUUUCUCCAGAUGCCACCUACAAGGAUUGCUUCCUGCAAGCAUGUGAUGAGUACAAUUCCUUCGGGACUGCAGCCAGCAACAAGAAGAUCCAGAUAGAAAAGACCUUGGCCUUGAAGCUAUAUGGUCUGAAGGUGGGGCUGGCCGAUGCGGUUUGGCAAGCGAUCGAGCGGCAUUUGCAUGUGUUUCGCAUUGAGAGAUCAGGAGAGGGAACACCAGAACAGAUCCUCACCCCUGCAGCCUUUGGACGUGAACAUCUUCUCUCGGAACGCUGGCUUCUUGGCAGUUCCAGCAAGGGCGCCGAUGGGAUUUGGCACAAUGUGCUGGAGGUGCAGCCUGGGAAGCAGGAACUGUUCAUGGCCAGGAUCCUCUUCCUCCACAAGCUUGCUGUUGGUAGAGUGUCUGUCCAAGCCACAUCUGCAUUGCGGCUUUCCAGUGAGGCGUGGGAGACCGAAGUGGAGCUGGCUUGCUUGGGCUACCAUUGUUUGGAGGCAAUGCGCAACGCCAAGGAUUCCAAUGGAGAUGCCCUCUUUGCCCAGGACCUUCUCGACGCUUGCAGGGGUCGCUACCUCGAAGGGGAUUUCACCAGUGACCUCUCGACCCAUUUGGCUUCGGCGGAUCCUUCUUUUGAGGCAUCGGCGACCCUCAUGUGGAUUGAAAACAGCCCUGAGAAAAAGCAGGCGGACACCGCUUUGGGGGCAGCUGACCAGAAGAUUGCCGACUUGGGGACGGAGCGGUCUGAUGCAGCAUGGCAGGCUGACAAUUUGAAGUUGGCGAAGGAUGCUGCAAUGUGUGCCAAGUUGCUUCAGGCUGCCUCCUCCAAUGAAAAGACCGACCGCCUUGCGAAGAUCACUCACAUCAAGGAACAGAACCGCAUCGGCGCUUCCAUCAUCACAAAGUUCUCGCAGAAACAUUGUCGUCAUGUUGCUCUGGCUUCUGGGGAUGCGGAAGGACACCUCUCCGAGGCCUGUCGUUUGAAAAACGGUCCUUGGAGACUUGACUUGUCCAGCGGUUGCGGCGGUGUGGUCCUGAUUUGGGUUGACAUGAUGAAAAUGGGACGGAUCCAGAACAAACAGCUGGAUGAUGUGGUGACUCGCAUCAAAAAGUUGCUGGCCCGCAAAUCCUCUCACACCAUGGCUUUUGUGCUUUCGCCGCUCCUAGCAUCGGCAAAGACUUUGAAUUCCGCAUUGCGAGGAGGACGAGGAGGAAGUAAGGACCGGAGCAGGAGAAGGAGGAGGAGGAAGAAGGAAAAGGAGAAGGAGAAGGAGAAGGAGAAGGAAAAGGAAGAGGAGGAGAAGGAGAAGGAGAAGGAGAAGGAGAAGGAGAAGGAGAAGGAGAAGGAGGAGAAGGAGAAGGAGAAGGAGAAGGAGAAGGAGAAGGAGAAGAAGGAGAAGGAGAAGGAGAGGAAGGAGAAGGAGAAGGAGAAGAAGGAGAAGGAGAAGGAGAAGGAGGAGAAGGAGAAUGAGAAGGAGAAGAAGGAGAAGGAGAAGGAGAAGGAGAAGAAGGAGAAGGAGAAGGAGGAGAAGGAGAAUGAGAAGGAGAAGAAGGAGAAGGAGAAGGAGAAGAAGGAGAAGGAGAAGGAGAAUGAGAAGGAGAAGGAGAAGGAGAAGGAGAGGGAAGGUUGGUGCGUGUUUUGCGAUGGGUCGGUGGACGACAAUGUGUGGUCCUCCUGUCAGCUCAUGCUGGACAGGACGACACGAGAAAAUGCCAGCUUCGCACCUGAGUCGCAAUACAUUGUCCCCACAACUGGCAAAGACUCGCUUCCCUUGGCUGCUGAAUCGAGGUCGCUCAGUGACGUCCAGGAAAGUGCCCAGAUGCUGGCGGGGUCAGAAUUUCCAACCAUGGUCCUGCAAGCAUGCCUGCAAGGUUUGGAAGGCCAAUCCAGGACUGUUGGUGUCGUCAACCUCACGCCCUAUGACGCCCACUUGGAAAGGGUUUGCCUGCAUUGGCAAUUGCGUCAUGGUUUGGACAGCCCGAAGAUCGACACCUUGUCAGUAAGUGAUCAGAAUGAGGAAGUGCUUUUCAGCGAGCGUUUUCUUGCCCAGCAAAUGAUGAAGGACUUUCUGAAGCCUAAUGACUGGGGAAUCAUGAUUAGCAGUCGUAGCAUACCCUCACGAAUGUGUUGGAGAACUGUCGUUUUGUUGUUUUUUUCGGUGCAGGAAUGGAAAGCUGGCUCGCCGCUUUUCGAGGGCUAUCCCAAGUACGCCCCAGACUUUCAGCAGAACACCACAGUCGACUUGAAGGACUAUCCCCUUCGGCUUGCCCAGGUGACCCACGAUCCAUCCAAGAAGGGGGUGAAGCAGUACUCUUUCAGUUUGCCUCCCUCUGUACGUGCUCUCUACAGCCGAGACUCCAUCAGAGCAGAAGACUGGAAGCAACUGAUCCUAGACUUCGACGCCAAGUCCUUUAGCUGGUUCCAGAUCUCUGCGGUUGAAGAAGCCGCGCUUGUUCCACUUGUUCCUGUGGAGGAUGUGCAGCCUUGGCAGAACGAGCCAAGCUGUCUUGAGGAGAUGUUGGACCGUUACAUCGUCGAGAACAAGAUGCCUGCGUCUGUCGCUGGGGGCAUGCUCUACCUCACCAAAGCGGCAACCCGCGCCGGAGAGUUGGUGGAUGUGGUCCCAGACCAAAAGCACAAGUUGUCACUUUGCCGCAGCAGUUCCUCAGCUUGCUUGCCUCCUCCGGAUCUCUCGCCUUUGCCUCUCAACUCCUCGAACAAGGGCAACCCACCUUUGAACGAAGAUUGCAAAAAGGCCUUGGCCGAUGACUUGGAGAAGGCCCGCGACAAGCUCAAGGGUGACAAGAGUGCAGCCAAAGAGGCAGUGAAGUCUCUCCGUGCAGGACUCAGCAAAUCAGGAAAGACUGCAGCAAAGGAUGACGAAGCUGGUCGUGGACGAGGGCGCGGCCGAGGCAAAGGCCGCGGCCGCGGACGUGCCUCUGCGUCCAAGGCAAAGAAGGAGUAUGACGAUGAGUUGUCCGAGGCUUCUGCAAUCAGUUCAGAAACCAAGAAGCUUCAUGGGGAAGUGGCCCACAUCCAGGAUGUGGAGGACUUGGGUGAAGGAGAAGGCAAUGAGUCUGAGUUGGGCUCCGGCGAAGAGGCGGAAAUGGGUGAAGAUUCAUUCUCCGAUGCUCCGACAGAAAUCAUGGGCUAUCCGACGCCAAGGCCAAAGGCAGCCGCGUCGAAGCCCAAGGCCAAGAAGCCUGGGAAGACUGCCGCCGAGAAGGCGAAGGCCGCAGCUGCUGCCAAAAAGAAGGCCACCAGGAAAGCUGCUCACAAGGCUCGCAUUGAGAAGAUCAAUGCGAAGGCAGCAGCUACAAGUGCAGCUUUGAAGGAGAAGUAUGAGAAGAAAGGCAAGACGAAGAAGACCAGAAAGCAGGAAGACAAGCAGGAUAAGGAUCCGGCGGAGGACAAGAAGGCCAGCUUGAACCCCUGGGGUGCCAACUUGCGAGAAGAGAUGCACAAAUAUGUGAAGAAGGAAUCCCAACGGUUGGUUGGCGAGGGAAUGGAGAAGAGGGCCGCUCGCACUGCUGCUAUGAAGUCGUGGAAGUCCCACCCGAUCCGCACGGAUGCUUACAACAAGAUGAGCAAGUCUGACAGGGCCAGACGCCGAAUGAAACUUUGA